ACUUGUUCAAAUAUAUUUUUCACUCAAUGAAUACGAAGCAGUUUAUGGCCAAUAUGAAUUAUUUGUGGCCAUAAACUGAGAGGUGUGGCAAAAGUUAAUUUUUGACCCUGCUUCAUAGUGUCUCAGUAGAUCUGUUAUGUUUUAAAAUUCGUAUGAUGCUGUUGGACACAUCUGCAGGAUAAACUUCCAAGUUCAUGAAGCAGGUUUUGCUCUCAUAAAAUGGUAUUUGAAUAUAAAGGACAAUUCAGCCUUCUGGAGGUGAGUUUAUUCCCAGAUUUGUAAGCGUUUAUGUUGAUAGGUUGUGAGACUGUUGUGUUCCUGAUCGACCAACUGUUAUUAUCGUUUUUAUGAACAUGCAUGGUGCUACUGUGACUUUGUAGAUAAGUUUUCAUGUGAUGUUAAAAUCAUUUCUUAUUUAUAACUGUGAUAUUUAUGGGAAUUAAAGGGAAGGUUUUGUAGAAUUCACCAGUUGUUCUUGUUUUACAUGUUGUAAAAUGCGUGUUUGUCCGCGGCCCUAGUUUCAUGCUAACAGCUCAUUACCGACAUCUUGCGACUGAAAACGUUACUAACAGUUAAAUCCACAGAUCAUAAAAUACCUUUAACUAUUUAAUUAUUCAUUAGGUAAAUAUCCGGUUAUUUGCCAAAAUAAAUAUAUAUUACAAGUUGUUUAUCGCAAAAUAAAGAGAGGCGAAGAGGAAUCGCUGUCAGGGUUUAUAUUGACCACCAGGUGGCGUCAGUAACCUUUAACUUUUACCUCAACAUUUCAUUUUCUUAUUGAAAUUGGAUAACAAACGCUACAUAAAACAAAGUCUAAGCCUAUAUUUAACUUUGAAAAUGCCUAUUGACUACCCAGCGGGCAGUUGACCAGCAUUAAAAGAAGAAAUGCGGUUGAAAUUGUGUCAGAAAUUGUUGUUUCUGACCGUUUAUUGCUAAUUUGUUUCUUGCAUAUUUAUAUUGUUCACUAUGAACAAAGGUUCGAUUUGCAAAACAAAAACAAAAUUUAGCAGUGAUUCAUUAGACCUUGAUUCAUGAUGUUGAGUCAUCGGUGAAAAACUGGAACAGUAGGCUUCAGAACAAGUUCGUCCAGAUUUUCCAGAUCAUCUGAAUUUGUGUAAAGAAAAGAAAUAAAGUCACAAUGAACAUAAAAACAAGUUUUGGAUAGAAGCAGAAGCUACAAUGAGCCAGUGAACCUCUCAAAGACGCUGAGCUGCAAAUUUGGCUCAGAUCAGAAAACAAUACAGCCUCACCUUCACUCCACUUUCUGCAUUUCACUCUCUUGCUGUCACUUGUAGGGACUUGUUUGAGAUUGAGGAGCUUCUAAAAGCAUGUUUUGUGUUCUCUCGCUCUCUUUUAUCUCCAGCAGAAGAAUAUCUUUGACUUCACACUGCAGGAUCUGAGCAGUUUAAUGCUCUAUCACACAGAGCAGAAGACACCAUGAGCUCCAUUCACUGCAACACACUCUGCUGCUUUUGAGACUUUGACCAAUUUUGAUUUGUUGUGCACUAGAGGGCUGGAACAGUGUGUGUGCAUGUGCAUGCGUGUGUGUGUGUUUGAAGAGGAACCACUCACUCAUGUGAGCACAGGAGAACUUAGAGACUACCUGAGAAUUUGAUGGAUUCAAAGGGUUCUUUGCUGAAGAGCGUUCUUUGCAGCUAAAGUCAUAUAUCUCAGUAUGGAAGCGUUCUGGACUGAAGCAAGGAUGAGGAAACUCUGACAGACAGACGACACAGGAAUCUAGCACUCGCACCAUCUUUAGACCAAAAUCACUGAGUGAUUUUUUUACUGGAGCACUGAAUGAUGUUUCUGCUGGCUGUGCUCUGUGUGUUUUACAUCUGGAGUCCAACAACGCUGAGCGGAGGUUUGGGAGCGACACCGAAUACCAUACCUCGCAAAACAGUGCCAAUUAAUAGAAAUGGAGGACGUUUGUUUCGUGAGGAGGGUGUUUGGAACUACACCACUAUGCUUUUGAGGGAAGAUCUCAACAUGCUCAUCCUGGGUGCCAGGGAGGCCAUUUAUGCCCUCGACCUUGAUGACAUUACAGUCAAAAAGACCAUGGUGAACUGGUCAGUCUCAGAUACUGAGCAAAGAGAAUGUUCCAAUAAAGGAAAAGAUGCUACAAAUGACUGCAAAAAUUAUAUCAGAAUUCUUCAUAAAAGAAACGAUGACAGAAUGUAUGUUUGUGGAACCAAAGCAUUCUCCCCAACCUGUGACUAUAUGUCCUAUGCCGAUGGUAGUCUGACUUUAGAGGGUAAACAAGAAGAUGGCAAGGGGAAAUGUCCCUUUGAUCCUUUUCAGCGACACACAUCAGAGAUGGUUGAUGGAGUAUUGUACUCUGCUACUUCAAUAAACUUUCGGGGUUCAGAGCCGGUUAUGAUGCGCAGCUCAGAGGAACCAGUGCGGACAGAGUUUUCAAGCAGUUGGCUCAAUGAACCAAAUUUUAUCCACAUGGCUCAUAUUCGGGAGGGAGAAUCGAACCCAGAGGGGGACGAUGACAAGCUCUAUCUGUUCUUUAGUGAGACCGCAGUGGAAUAUGACUCCUACACCAAGAUGGAUGUUUCUCGAGUAGCUCGCGUGUGCAAGGGAGACGUGGGUGGGCAGAGGACGCUGCAGAAGAAGUGGACUUCUUUUCUAAAAGCAAGGCUUGACUGUCCCGUUCCAAACAACAACCUGCCUCUUCUUGUCCAGGAUGUUUUCCACUUUUGCCCCAGUAAUUGGACCACCUGUGUGUUUUAUGCUGUCUUUACCCCACAAUUAGACUCCUCUCCGUACUCCGCGGUAUGUGCAUACAAAAUCGAAGACAUCAAGAGCGAGUUCUCAAACGGCAAGUUUAAGACUUCUGUUCCCGUUGAGACGUCAUUCAUGAAGUGGGUGAUGUACUCAGGUGAUGUCCCCGAUCCCCGACCGGGAGCAUGCAUUGAUAAUCAUGCCAGAGAUAUGGGUUUCACCAAAUCUCUGGAUCUCCCAGACAAAACCUUGCAGUUUAUUAAAGAUAGGCCGCUGAUGGACCAGGCUGUCAAGGCCCUUGGAGAGAAACCACUGCUGGUGAAGACAGGCGCAGCUUUCACUAGAAUUGUUGUGGCCUCUGCGACAGCCUUGAACGGGACCAGCCAUCAAGUCAUGUUCAUUGGCACAAAGAGCGGUUCAGUGCUGAAAGCUGUGAAUUAUGGCGGUGAGAUGGUCAUUAUGGAAGAGAUUCAGCUGUUUGAGCCCUCAGAGCCCGUGAAGAUACUGCGACUUUCUGACACCAAACUUUAUGUGGGUUCCAAUGUGGGCGUGGCUCAGCUGUCCAUCAAUGAAUGUGGGCGGUACCACACGUGUCUGGACUGUGUUCUGGCCAGGGAUCCGUACUGUGGCUGGGACCUCGAGGCUGAGCAAUGCUCUACCAUAAUCAGCACACACAGAACCAGCACUGUGAUUCAGAGUUUGAGUUCUGGUGAAUCCAACCAAUGUCCACAAAUAGGUGACAGUAAGUCAAUCAGCGUCUCGUUUUUCCACGGCAGUACCGUGCAGCUGUGGUGUGAGCCAUACUCCAAUCUGGCACAGGUUGAAUGGCAACUGAACGGACAACCCCUCAAUCCCUCAGACACCAUCAAGAUCCUGUCCGACAGCCUGAUGAUAAUCAACGCCUCUGCAGAUGCCAACGGCCGCUACACCUGCAGUUCUGUAGAGUGGAAUUACAAAACCCAGCACGUAGAAUAUGAUCUUACAAUUUGGUCAGAAUCCGGGAGUACAGCAUUACUACACAACGUUAAGGAAAAAGAAAACACACUUGUGGCCAUGGUGGUGUUAUUGUCACUGACUUUAGCUCUGCUAGUAAUUUGGAACCUGUACAAAGGGCAUUUUCCUUUGCCGUUUUGCCACAGGAGGGUAAAGGUCACAGAGAACAGGUGCGAUACAAGUCUGUAUGAGAACCAGCCUCCAGAACAAAAAAUAGCAUCAUCAGCGGUGAACUUGAACCGCAACAACAACAACAAGAACGACCAGAGGUACUCCUCAUGUCAGAUCCCAUUGAGAUAUAUAGACUAUGAAUCUGAGAUUUGAGAUUUUUAUGCAUAGACUUGCUAAUGCGACUUAUCUUCAUUUAUAUGCAGACAAAGCCCACUGAGCCUGGCUUCUCUUUUGCAGCUGUUAAAUUUUGACUAAACUGAUGUUUUGACCCACUAUUUGUCCUUGAUAUAUCCAUACCUUCCUUCUAAUGCCAUAGUUCAGCCAUCGCACACACCAUGUCCACUGGACAAAAAAAGACCCUUUUUUGCAUAAGGUCUGUCUACAUUGCAGCUUACUUUGGUCAAGAAUUAAAAAAAUACUUUCACUUGGUGGUCAUAUUUGCAUCACCACUGGGCAGCUAUUUCAGUUAUUCAUAACCAACUGGCAAAAUGGUGAAUCUUAAAAACUGCUUGGCAAUAUUCUAACAUGAACUGCCUCACAAAUGCGGUUUCUUAUGUUAAAAUAGCAUUUCAUUAAAACAUUUUUUUAGGACCUUGAGUGUUUCUGUGUGAACCAGAGGAUCUUAAUUCUAAUGUAAAUACUUUACCAAUUGGCGAUUGAAUGUUUUAUUUUUAAGCCAUGACUUAUUAGUGUGGUCAUAUUGCAUUUUGUGGGUUCUCCUGUUCAUAGAGCCUGUCCCAAUGUCCACACUUGCCGUCCUGACUUCUUGAGAGUGGACGCACAUGACAGGUUGGCAAAACUUUCCCAGGUCUGAGAAAUGCCAAAGCUCAGUGCCAUUAAUGCACAGUGAAUCCCGUAAUAAAUCUCUGAGGUGUAGCCCAUCAUUCAUCAUGUUAAGGAACUCAUUUGCCCUAUAUUUUGAGGUUAAAAAUGCUUAGACAUAUUAGAUAUAUAAUUUGGUGGUAAAACAUAAAGUGAUGGCACAUUUUUUGGUGCUGAAAUAAGCAUGUAUUUAUUUAUCACUGCCAUUUAACACUUAAUAAGCAGCAUCACAAUUACUUGUGUCAUCUGUUAUAUAGGACUUUCUACACAUUUAGAAGUUUAUGUUAAAUUAAUUUGAUAAAUUGCAGUUUUACAGUGCUAUGUCGUGUGUUUUAUCUGGUUAUGAAAAGCUCUAUGUGACAAUUUCAGGAAACGAGAACAUACUUAUCAAAGUAGGCAAAUGGUUCAAUGCAAAGACCGCAAGUGUUGCCCACUUACACAGGAAAUGAGUCUUAGUUACACCACAUUCAUAAGCCUCAAGUCACAUUCACUCCAUGAACGAUAACUAUAACAAUAAUAACAAUGCACAGCAAUAGGCGCUAAUAUUCUGUUUAAUAUUAAUAUUUUGAGGCUCACUCAUUAAAUUCAGAUUCCAGCAAUAUCAUUCCUCUCUGGUGUGACUUCCUUUUCUUUUAGAAUUAGUUUACAAUUAAGAAGGAUUAUUACAACUUUAGUUAUAGAUAUUGUGCUUUGGGUGAAUGGCCCCAAAAUACAGUUUUUCUUGUUAAUAUGUAGUUUAGGCUACAAAACAAACUUUUGCCACAGACAAACUCGGACUCAAAACCAGCGAAUAGCUCAUGCUCAAAAGUUAUCAUUUUAUGAUGUUGCAUCCUGUAAACAAUUUUGUUUCCAGGUGGACUGGUUUAAAAAAAAAUAAUAAACUGUGAGCCCUGAGGUCCACACGGACAGGAAUGAGCUUCCUGUAUCUCCAGGAUGCCAAGACAAGUGUCAAGUGACUGUAUCUCAGACUCAAAGUUUCAAAAUGCAGCUUAUGUGACGUGUUUGUAUAUGAAUGUACUGCAGAAACUCAAUUUUAACUGUAAUGCCAUCUAA